UAGAAGAAGAAGGAGGAGGAGGCGGAGCUUGAUGUUUGAAAGUGGCGGGCAGUAACAACACUCAGCUCAGAGGAACCGGUUACAAUACGGGCUGAGGACAAGAAUUAAUGGAGUUAAAGUAGACGCUUUAUUAAGAGUUUUUUAUAUUAGUGCGGAGCAUUAUCAACCAGAACCGCUGAAUGCAGUCUACGUGAUAUUUAAACGUUGGAGGAAACGGGGAAAAGGUAUAUAGUCUUGCAUCAUGACGAAUGAGGAUGCUAAGGUGAUCCCAGUGCGGGUUGCCUUGCGAUGCCGCCCGUUGGUACCUAAAGAAAUCAAUGAGGGAUGUCAGUGCUGUCUCACUUUUGUGCCUGGAGAGCCACAGGUGAUCGUUGGCACAGAGAAGGCUUUCACCUAUGAUUAUGUAUUCGAUCUCAUCGCUGAACAAGAGGAGGUUUUCAAUUCUGUGUCCCCCUUAUUGUGUGGGCUUUUCAAAGGCUACAAUGCCACAGUUCUUGCAUACGGACAGACGGGGUCAGGAAAGACCUUCUCCAUGGGAGGAACAUACACAUCAGCUCAAGAAACUGAUCCUUCAGUCGGAGUUAUUCCACGAGUCAUCAGAAGGAUCUUUGAGGAAAGGGAGAAGAGGACAGACUGUGAAUUCUGUCUGGCAGUAUCCUACCUGGAGAUCUAUAAUGAAGACAUAUUGGACUUGCUGUGUCCCUCAAAAGAUAGACCUGGCCUCAGCAUUAGGGAAGACCCUAAAGAAGGGAUUAAGAUCGUGGGUUUAACUGAGAGGCAGGUGUUCUCUGCCCAUGAGAUGGUGGGUUGCCUGGAGGUUGGAAAUUCUGUUCGCACCGUGGGUUCCACAGCGAUGAACGCAGCAUCCUCACGCUCGCAUGCUAUCUUCACCAUCACACUGGAGCAGCGCAAAGGGAAAGACAAAGCCGACUCGGUUGUGUCAAAAUUGCACCUUGUCGAUCUGGCUGGUUCAGAAAGGCAAAAGAAAACUAAAGCGGAGGGAGAUCGCUUAAAGGAAGGCAUCAGCAUCAAUCGUGGCCUUUUGUCUUUGGGUAAUGUGAUCAGUGCCUUGGGGGAUGAAAGCAAGAAAAGCACCUUUGUUCCUUACAGAGACUCCAAGCUCACCCGCCUGCUACAAGAUUCUUUGGGAGGCAAUAGCCACACUUUGAUGAUUGCGUGCGUCAGUCCUGCAGACUCAAACAUGGAGGAGACCAUCAACACGCUGCGAUAUGCUGACAGAGCUCGCAAGAUUAAGAACAAACCUGUAGUGAAUGUUGACCCCAGAGCUGCAGAGAUGAACCGUUUGAAACAGCAGCUUCAGGAGCUGCAGGUGAUGCUGCUUCAUGCCCGCGGAGGAGUCGCCCCGGUGCUCUCUGGGCCAGAGUCAACGGAGAAGGUGACUAAGCUGCUGGAAAGGAAUCGCACUCUGCAGGAUCAGAACAAUAAACUAAGCAGGGAGCUGAGCGAGGCAGCUGGACAUACCGCCCUCAUGUUUGAGAAGAUCAUUAUGACGGAACAUGCCAAUGAGAAACUACAGAGCAGAAUAGAGCAACUGCGGGACCAUGCAGCAUGUACAGUGGAUCUUGAGAAAGUGUUGGAGACACUGGAGGACCAGGAGUUGAAGGAGAACAUUGAGGUGAUGAAGAACUUGCAAGACAUCGUCUUGGAGCUCAAGAAUGAGAGUGCAGGCAUCGCAGCUUCCAUCGAUGCCAUGGCUGCAGGAGAGGAUGGACCUGAGGUGUCCGGGAAUAACAGUAAAGAUGAUGAAUCCCCAUCAGACGUCACUGGCAUUGUUGGCAAGGAGUCCUCGGAGGGCUUCACAACCCAUCAUGCACUGCGGCAGGCCCAGCUCUCAAAGGAACUGAUUGAGCUGAACAAAGUGUUGAGCUUGAAGGAGGCUUUUGUGAGGAAAAUGUGCCAGAAUGACACCCAGUUGGAGCCGAUGCAAUCAGAGCACCAGAAAAAUGUACAGUGUCUUCAGACUGCAGUGGAUUCUCUGCAGAAGGAGAAAGAGGAUCUCGUUUUGGCACUUCAGUCUGCAAAGAAAGACACGAACCAGGCGAAACUCAGUGAGCAGCGGAGGAAGAGACUGCAGGAGCUUGAGAGCCAGCUGACGGAUAUGAAGAAGAAGCUUCUCGACCAGUCCAAAAUGCUGAAGCUCAAAGACUCCUCCGUUAAGAAAGUUAGCAAUCUCAUGCAGGAGAUACAGGGUAUGAAGACCCAGCGAACACAGCUGAUGAAGCAGAUGAGGGAGGACUCUGACAAGUUCAGAAACUGGAAGACCAAGAAGGACAAGGAGGUGCUGCAGCUGAAGGAGAAGGAUCGUAAACGCCAGUAUGAGUUGCUUAAACUUGAGAGGGAUUUCCAGAAACAAGCCAAUGUCCUGCGUCGUAAAACUGAGGAGGCUGCAGCUGCAAACAAGCGGUUGAAAGAUGCGCUGCAGAAGAGAAGUGAGGUAGCAGACAAACGCAACAGAGGAAUGGAGGGAGCUGCUGCAAGACUUAAGAAUUGGCUUCUCAAUGAAGUGGAGGUGAUGGUGAGCACAGAGGAGGCCCGGCGCCACCUCAAUGACCUGCUGGACGACAGAAAGGUCUUGGCUCAGGAGAUCAACCACCUCAAACAGCAGAUCGAGGCAGGGGACCGACCCGCUGCCAAAAUCAGGCGUCGGACGCUGAUCAUCUCUGAGCUGGAGACCCAGGGGGCGCUGGAAACGCCUCUGACCAAACAAGUGGAGAACCUGGAGACAGAGAUGGGUCUCAGGAAUGCCCAGAUAGCCGACCUUCAGCAGAAAGUUCUUGUCGCAGACGGCGAGGGGCGUUUGAAACAGCGUCUCGAUAGCAUCACAAGCAUAGUCGACGCCAGGUAUGCCCUGAAGCUCCUCAUGGCUGAGCUGGUGUCUGCUAAAACAGCCGGUGGCAAGCUGGAGAGCGAGCUCAAACAGGAAGCUGGGAAUGGCCAAGAUUUAAGGAAGAUGCUGGCUGAGGAGAGAAAUGUGAUGUCAACCAUGGACAUGGAGCACCAACAGCAGUUGGUGGAACUAGAGCAGAGUCAUCAAGAGAAGGUCCUUUACCUCCUUAACCAGCUGCAGAGCAAACCCAUUUAUGAAGAGUCCAACGAAACCAAGCGGAAAGAUGAGGAGAGUGCAAAGGAGAAGGAGCUUCUCCAGCGCCUCAAAGUUCAGGAAGAAGAGCUUGAAAAGCUACGAGAAUUAAGUGAGCAGAAUCAGACGCUGUUGGAGCAGAAUGACCAAUAUAAACAGAAACUCUCAUUGGUCCACCUGGCAAGUGGAAAGAAAAUCCUUGUGCCCACAACCACCAAUGAAAAGAGCCAAGAUGACUCGUUUAACUACAUUCCUCCAAAACCUAAAGGGAAACGCAUCACCACAGCUAAAGCAAGGCAAAAUAUGGCCAUCGACAUCGAAGAGCUGAUGUCUUCUAGUGAGGAUGAAAAUGAGGACGAAGUGGACGAGUGGCAUCCUGAGAAAACUGAGAAGGGACGCAGAGCCUCAAAGAAAGCAAGAGCAACUGGGUGUGCGUGUAAAGGCCGCUGCGGCAACAAGUUAUGCAGGUGCCGCAAAGGAAAGCUGACAUGCGGCGAGAACUGCCAGUGUGACCAUGAGAAAUGUCGAAAUAUGGAUAUCCAGGUGAUCACUGAGGACCCAAGUCAGACAAAAAAUGUUUCCAGGGACUCUCUUCAAGAUCUCACAUCCGUCAGCCCUGACAACAUCACAUUCUUCAAGCCGCCGUCUUGUACACCCACGACGAAGGUGCUAAAAGAAAUCGGAGACAUGGGACACACCACUGCAGACCUGAAGUUGGUCAGGAAACCCAUCUUGUCCGAGGAAGAGGAGGAGGAGGAGGAUGGCGACGACGAUAAGGACAGAACAACAGUCAGCUUCCUCAAGAAGAAGAAACGAAUCCUGACGAGUUUUCAGAACAGUUUUUUCUCCGGAUGCACUCCGAUCAGAGAGGAAUCUUAAUCAGGACAGAGCAGGGUCAGCCUUUUUACCUUUCCUUAUGUGUGUCAUUUAAAUGUUCUGUCAACGUGUUUUCUAUGUGACUAAACUGUCGUGUACUGUAACAUGAAAAGUAGCUGUUGAUUCUAAGACACUUUGUUUUCUUUAGAGGGUAACUGUGAAUAGCAUUGAAUCUUUUACUGGAAUUCACAUUGAAAUGAUCAAGAAGCCUGUACAUAGUAUUUUAGUUUAACGUGAUUAUUUCCUAUAAAGUAAGACUAAAUUUGUUUCGCUAACUUGUAAAAUCAGUCGUCCACCAAUUCACAGUCGAGCAGUUUUACACGAGUACUAUUCAACACAUCAUUAUAACACGUCUUGGGGAGCAACCUUUUAGGUUUUUAUUGUGCUUUUACUAUCGGAGCUGAAUAAAGUCUUACAGUCAAAUCUUGUUUUUAAAGAACAAACUGUUCUUUUUUGUCUGAAUGUGUACCAGUGUUUAUCUCAGUGAAAAUAAUUUAUUUCAUUCAUUAGUCUUUUACAGUGCUACUUCUUAGCGGCAGUUAAUCUUCGUGGAAAGUUUUUUUGACAUUGAAUUAAAAAAGUUAAAUCUUAAACUUAAAUACUGCAUUAAUAUUAUGCUAAUCUAAAUUUUUACUUUUGGUAAGGGUUACUUUUACCCCAUAUUGAGUGGUUUAUACUAGCACACACGUUUAUUUCCCACAAAUGCUCAAAAGAACAAAAAUAAACCACAAAAUCACA